CUCCCGGAUAGCCCCUCGUACAUUUGCAAACGACUGUCCGAUGGUAUUUUGGGCCUCCUGCGUCGUGCGCUGGUACUCGAUCCGCCGCUUAUAUCGUGUACGUAGCGCUGGAUGGCGUUUAAUAAACUGAUAGGCCUUGUUAAUGCCAAGGGUUGCAGUAGGAUCUUGUGUCCGUUCCCGGAAAAUCUGCUGCGCCGUUCCGCGUAGAAAAUUAGGCCAAAUUGAAAUUUCUCGUUCGUCAACCCCUAGUUGUUUCUAUCUCUUUCCCAAAUUGAUUUAUGACCGUCGUCGCGUAUUUCUGCACGUGAUUUGCUUCCGUUGAGUCGCAAGUGUAAAUUCCGGCACAUGAAACGUCUCAGCGGCCUUCAAUCUCGACUUUGAUUUUUCUUAGUUGUUAUUGCAGAAUAGCCAUCUGAAUGCCAAUUCCUUGAGAUAGAGGCAUUUUGGACAUUGGAGAAAAAUAACACGUGAAGGAGAUGAUUAAGUUCAGAUAGACGCAAAAUUUGCCGCUUGGUGUUCAGUUCGUCGCUCGGUUGAUUCGGUGAACUGACUAAUCAGUUUAGGUCAUCCCAACUUACCUCAGCCCGAUGGUGGGGUUGGGCAAGAUUUUCCCACCGCGGAUAACCCCUCCUUUCGUCCGACAUUAACUCGUCCUCACGAUGUGUUCACCUCCUCUUUGAAAACUCGUCUACGGUAUUUCCAAAAUACUUGAACAAUAUAGCGGAAUCACUAGUUCCGAAUACACCCAGAAGGCGUCAUCACCUCAACAGACAUGACAGAGAGCUCCGGGGACGUGGUAAAGAAUGCAUUAAUCAAAGGUUGGAAGCGGAUCAACGACGAUCACCUACCCAGCGAACUGAUGGGAUAUAAUCAUCAUCUGCGGGAUAUCUACUCAGACGCAAAUAUCGAAAGGAGGGUAGUCUGUUUCAAAUGUGAAAAAAUCACCUUCUACGAUACACAUGGUGGUGAGAUUUGGUUCACGGAGGGAAGCGGCGAGGGUAUUCUACCUCCCAGUACCCAAGUCGUCGUGAAGAAUGGAACUUCCAGAGUCAUGUGAUGAAUGCCAACGCGCAGAUCAAUGAAUCCGAAUCGAGGCUGACUUCGCCAAACAUUUAGUGUGACACAAUCUGUAGUUUCCAAAAGCAACUGGUCCAAUUCCCAUAGUCUUAGCUCACUACAUUCAAUGGCAUCGCAGACGUAGGGUGUGAAAAUUGAUGCAAUAGCGGCGACAGAGGCACCUCGCAACGUAAAAUAUGCGUUGUCCUCUAUUAAUCCCGAGAAUUCAGCGAUGAAGUUGGCAAGCGGUUGGAAUUAUCUCACCAUUUUGAGUUGGAACAAGUGGUACUGGCUGGCUAAGCUCAUUCCCAGCACGCUCUAGAUUAGAUCCCAACAUCGGACUGGACGUUUCCGAACCAAAUAAAGACGGAAAUUUUUGGCUGCGGUGUGGGAACAGAAUCCUGGCAAGGUCAUCCGUGAAACCUAUAUUCAAGCGAAAUAUAGCAUCGUGCAUGGACUGGUUGGGCGACAUCAACCAGACGCUUUCAGUUGAUUCAGGCGUGUGAGCAUUCGCUCUUUCGUUUAGUUGGAUCAAAGAUGUAGACACAGCCUUUUGAAUGUGAACACCAAAUACAUUCUGAAUAGAAGCGACGCGUGCGAGGCGGUAUAUGCAGCUUGAGUUGCUUUCGGCAUCAGUGGAUGGUCGAG